UAACAAAAAUAAUACAUUUUUCCGUCAAACAAAAAAAAAAAAGGGGGAUUUUUAACAUUUCUCAUUUUCAAAAAAGAAUUUCAAGUCUUCCAUCAUCCGCCCAUGCGCAAUAGAAAUACACGAAACUUCCUUCUUUUCCGUGUGUUCUCUGUGAAAGAAACAAAAUGGUCCAGCGUUUAACCUACAGACGACGAUUGUCGUACAACACAAACAGCAACAGGAGACGAGUUGUUCGAACUCCUGGUGGAAAAUUGGUUUAUCAAUAUUUGAAGAAACCAAAGAAGAUCCCAAGAUGUGGACAAUGCAAAGAUAAAUUGAGAGGAAUUCAACCAGCUCGUCCAAUGGAACGUUCACGAAUGUGCAAAAGAAAGAAGACCGUAAAGCGCGUUUACGGUGGUGUUCUUUGCCAUAAAUGUGUUAAAGAAAGGAUCGUUCGAGCCUUCUUGAUUGAAGAGCAGAAAAUCGUCAUCAAGGUUAUUAGGGCUCAACAAGCAUCAACAAAAACGAAGAAAGCUGAAAAAUAAUUUAACAAAAAACAUCUUUUACUUUAUCAUAUAAUAAAAAGUAGACAAAAGAA